AUGGCUGCUGUCACUUUGGAGCUAGGCCUCUCCCUAUGCCCACAGAGCCAGGAUGCCGGAGCAAUUGAAAAGGGAUCAUUGAAGCUAACCCAGGACAUGGGAGCAAGGACAAGAGCAGUUACCACACGUGAGGACAAAACGCAUCCAUCGAGAGGUACCCGACAGAGCAUAGCCAGCCAAGCUUUGGUGAAGGACAAGAAGCGCCCAGGCUCCGUUGCACUGGCUACAGGUCGCCGCAAGACCAGAGCGGCUUCGGGCGAGGUGGUGGAUGGAGAGUUUGAUCCUGAGAAAAUUCUCCGCAAAAGUGGACAAGCAGGAACACAACGGACCAGAAAAGGACCUCAAGUCAUCUACCCACUGGUUCUAGUAGAGACUGGGCAAGUAGCGGAGACAAGUCCGCAGACUCGCUCAGGCACCAACAGUGUCGAAGACGCUGCUGAGAACACUAUUGAGAAUACCAUCGAAAACACCAUCGAGGGCAGCGUUGGGCAAAGCACAUCAGAAGAUUCUAGCUCUCGAUACCAAGAUCCCCUGGAUAUCUUUUACAGACGUGUUGGGUACCUGCCCCCACUGAGUGACGAGACACUCGAUCUUCUAGAGGUUAUUCUGCUGGAUCCUGGGCUCAUUGCCAGAAUGGCUCGCUUCUCCGCUUCUAAGAACAUCAAAGAGUUCCAGCGAGGACUAGACUAUCGCAAUGUUGCCUUGUCUCCCUCACAGAGUGAGGAUGCACGCGUCGAGGAGAUCAAGUCGCUGCCGCUCGAGAUCGACGAGGAAGACCCGGCUGAAAAGGCCUACAACGACAGGCUCUGGAACCUGGACGGGAAGAAAUGCACACACCAGUCUCACGAACCUACCUUUCAGCGAACAGUGCUGAUCUCCAUGAUCGACAGGUACCGGCUGAUAUAUGGAAAGGGAGAACCCGGCAUGACAAAGCUUGAUUUUGCUGUCGAAGGCACCUGGGAAUGCCCACCCAUGCCUACAAUGGCUGCACGAAAAUUGGAAAACUUCCUCACACAACCGAAACCUGACCUCGCCGUGGCUUUCCGACGGGAGAGCCUAUUCCCUGCAGGCACGAACUGGAAGAUGUUCCCCAACGCAACGCAGAGGCUGGUGUGCUAUGAGGCAAUCAAUCCGCCCCAUUGUGACCGGGCUUUCCACUUUCUGACAUUCGAGGCAAAAAAGAGCAGUACAAGUGUCUUCGAUAUCGUUGGCUGCGCUCAGAGCCUCAACAAUGCGAGCCAGGCUCUGCAUAAUAUGUAUGAGUUCUUCAGAGAAGCUGACGAUGGAAAGGAGGAAAACUUUGUGAAUCUCUUCUUCGACAAAGUCAGAGUCUUCUCUGUGGUCGCGACAUCGGUGGGCAUUAAGAUUCGAAUUCAUCGAGCUUGUCGCAUUAGCUCCGAUCCAGCUUUCAGAGAGGCAGAUGAGAGUACAGAUAAUUAUGACCAACAAAGCCUGGAUAACCCCAUCCGCAAAGAUUAUCCCCUGAAAUUUACAUACAACGACUACUGGACGGCUUAUAGCCCACUCAAGCGGCAAGAAGUCGUAGCCGUAUUCACACAGAUUCUGUAUGGCUACGGAGUUGGAGAGCUUGCUGGACACUUGCGGGAAGCAAUUCGGAAAGUUGACCAAAAGUUCAAGAAGCACGAAAAAGAUACGGGUUUUUGCAUCCAGAGAGAUGAAGCCUAUUACUCCCAUGGCCAGAUGCCGCCAAACUCGCGCGCAGCUAGCCAGCAGCAUCGGACUCAAUCUCAAGCAACAAGCAUCAAUGCAAGUUUCAGCCAGUUCAACAACAAUUGGUCAGAAACAUCCAGCUUUCCUUACCAAGCAGUGUCACAGCAGCCGGAGAGUCAAUUGCAUGCUCAGCUGUCGGCGCUCCAGCAAGCAGGUCGUAGCAGAAAGAGGGCACGGAAAGAUUGA